UGGAAGGUUUGAGGAUGUGGGGCGGGAAGCCUUUUCUCGAAGCAACUCUUUCAGAUGCAGAACUGAAGGAGAGCUGAGGGCAGACCCAGAAGGCCUGAGCAGCGUCUGCCCCCAGCCCCCUGUGGGGCCCCGGGGCCCCCUGAAACCUCCAGGACGGAGUCAGACGGGGCUGGCACAAUGAACAAGUUAAGGCAGAGCCUGCGGCGGCGGAAGCCAGCCUACAUGCCUGAGGCAUCACGCCCGCACCAGUGGCAGGCAGACGAGGACGCGGUGCGCAAGGGCACGUGCAGCUUCCCAGUCAGGUACCUGGGUCACGUGGAGGUGGAGGAGUCCAGGGGGAUGCACGUGUGUGAGGAUGCUGUGAAGAGGCUGAAGGCGAUGGGCCGGAAGUCCGUGAAGUCGGUCCUGUGGGUGUCAGCCGAUGGGCUCCGAGUGGUGGAUGACAAGACCAAGGACCUGCUGGUGGAUCAGACCAUUGAAAAGGUCUCCUUUUGUGCUCCUGACCGCAACCUUGACAAGGCUUUCUCUUACAUCUGCCGUGAUGGGACCACCCGCCGCUGGAUCUGCCACUGUUUCCUGGCACUCAAGGACUCCGGCGAGAGGCUGAGCCACGCUGUGGGCUGUGCUUUUGCUGCCUGCCUGGAGCGGAAGCAGCGGCGGGAGAAGGAGUGUGGGGUGACGGCUACCUUCGAUGCCAGCCGCACCAGCUUUGCCCGCGAGGGCUCCUUCCGCCUGUCCGGAGGCGGGCGGCCCACUGACCGAGAAGCCCCGGACAAAAAGAAAGAGGCGGCAGCUGCCCCCACUGCGGCUCCCGGCCCUGCCCAGCCUGGGCGCGUGUCCCCGACACCAGCCACCACAUCCCCUGGUGAGAAGGGUGAGGCAGGCACCCCCGUGGCUGCAGGCACCACGGCGGCUGCCAUCCCCCGUCGCCAUGCCCCCCUGGAGCAGCUGGUUCGCCAGGGCUCCUUCCGUGGGUUCCCCGCGCUCAGCCAGAAGAACUCGCCUUUCAAACGGCAGCUGAGCCUGAGGCUGAAUGAGCUGCCGUCCACGCUGCAGCGCCGCACUGACUUCCAGGUGAAGAGCACAGUGCCUGAGAUGGAGCCGCCUGGGGCCAGCGACAGCGACAGCAUCAGUGCUCUGUGCACACAGAUCAGCUCGUCUUUUGCCAGUGCUGGAGCGCCAGCACCAGGGCCGCCGCCUGCCUCCACAGGGACUUCUGCCUGGGGCGAGCCCUCGGUGUCCCCGGCAGCCGCCUUCCAGCCCGGGCACAGGCGGACCCCUUCGGAGGCCGAGCGGUGGCUGGAAGAGGUGUCGCAGGCGGCCAAAGUGCAGCAGCAGCAGCAGCAGCAGGUGUCCACGGUGCCCGCCGCACCCCCUCCCCUGCAGCCCUUCCCCGCCCCCGUGGGGCCCUUCGAUGCCACACCUGCCCAGGUGGCCCUGUUUCUGCCACCCCCACACAUGCAGCCCCCUUUUGUGCCCACCUACCCAGGCUUGGGCUACCCGCCCAUGCCCCGCGUGCCCGUGGUGGGCAUCACACCUUCGCAGAUGGUGGCCAACGCCUUCUGCUCAGCUGCCCAGCUCCAGCCACAGCCCACCGCCCUGCUUGGGAAAGCUGGAGCCUUCCCCCCACCUGCUGUGCCCAGUGCCCCUGGGAGCCAGGCCCCGCCACGCCCCAAUGGGGCUCCCUGGCCCCCAGAGCCAACACCCACCCCAGCCCCUGAGUUGGACCCCUUUGAGGCCCAGUGGGCAGCAUUAGAAGGCAAACCCGCCGUAGAAAAGCCUUCUAACCCCUUCUCGGGCGACCUGCAAAAGACCUUUGAGAUUGAACUGUAGCCCCAGCCGCCCUGCCACCCCAUGAUCUCCAGGCCCCACACCUACAAGUUGAGGCCCACUUCUCCCCUCAUCUUGCUCCCUGGGGCUUCGCCCCUCAAUAUCCCUCUAACUCCUCCUCUCGACCCCCCCACAACCACUAUAGAACCGACAUUGUGACGCCCAGGUUUCCACAGGCUGGAAUUCAGGGACAGACCAGCCUGGCAAUGCUCCUUCCCCCACCCCAGGCACGGGGGUGGCUGUAGUGCCAGGGAGCGCCCUCGGUUCAAGCUGCAGUUUCCAGUUUCUGUUGUUGACCUUCCACCUUCCAUUGUUGGAUGGGCUCGGGGAGGAAUGUCCAUUUAGGGGCUCUCCUGGGCCCCACAUGGUUGCCCCCCCCCACACACACACACACACACACAGCACAAGCAAAGGGCUUCCCCUCUGCCCACCUGCUGCGUUCACUGCCAAUGCUGUGCUCACCGUUAGCCCCUCCCCCACUCGGCCCACAUCUUCCUUGGACCAAGGUCUCUUGGGGGCCAGGGCCGAGUUGGGGGCCCAGGAAGUGAGUUUGGGGGGAGGGCAAGGAGAUGCUCAGUUACCUCACGUUGGUGCCCCCUGGGGGAGGGGCCCAGAGGAAGGGGGAGGGGUGCCUGGCGGGUACUUUUCUAUCUUUUAUUUCCAGAUUUUUUUGUAUCUAAACUUGCAGAUUUGUAUUAUACCAGGAUAGCCAAUAAAGGAAGAAUAUAACGGUGCCCCUCAGGAAAGCGGGGUGUGUGUCUGGGAGGGACGGUGAGGUCACAGCCUUCCUUCCCGAGGCGUCCCCUAAAGCAAGAGGGUCUCCCUGCAUGAUAACCCGAGUCAGACGUAGCAGCAGGUAGCAGCUGGCCUGGCACGGAGAGGUGAGUAGUAAAGGGUGCCCACAAUUAAUCACCCCAUUUCUGAUGCUUCAGAGUUUGAACCCAGGAAUUAAAAUUCUGAUCUGCUGCUAAUAAGUUCAGUAUUAAAAUCCCUUCAAGUUACCGAGGUUUGGAAUAGUAUGAGCUGGUCAAUUCUUGUGUCAUCGAUUGUAUUCUCUGUAACCGAGACCAAAGUGUCAUUUGAUGCGGCAGCAUGUUUCAAGUCUGUCUUGUUUUGGGGCCCCUUGAUAUAAUCUACCUUAUAUAUUUUUAAUUAUAUAAAUUAUAUGCUUAACUCUU